UGGUAACUCCUCGUAUGAAACUGAGCUAAGUGUUGAUGAUACUUUAAUUUUCAAAAAAAGAACUACGGUAUGUGAAGAUUUUCCUCCAAGGAAGGUGGGUUUGAUGUUGUUAUUGAUGAGAUCGCGAUUUCCAGUAGCAUUGAUGCUUUAUAUCAUAAUCUGAAUGUUAAUUAUAAGAUUUUAAAAGGAUGAAAUGGUACUCAGGUGGAUAUAACCAGUGUGAUUGAUACCAUUUAUGUUAAAUUGGAGCCUAAAUAUUGGCAUUUGAAGAAUACUAUGAAUUUGCUAUCUGAGAUUGCUCCUGCUGAUAUCACUUAUGAAUCUGAAACCGAAGAUAGUGACUGUGGAAAUUGUAUGAUGAAUAGAAACUAUCUAGGUCUUCUUGUGAUUGGUUCGAGUGAAAUAGUUGCUUAUUUAAUUACUGGAACAGUGGAACUUAAGUGGAAUGAGGAUAACUUGACAAGAGGUAAAGCCAAACUGAUUGGAAAUUGUUCUUUCAAUGUUGAGUUUGUUAAGGAGAGAUAUUGUGCGUCUCCUAUGAAUUUUGGUUGGAAAAUCGUAUGGCUGGUUGUUGAAGUUAUAUCUUAUAUACUUGAAUUGGUUGGGUCUGUUUAUGAUGAUGAAUAUGCUUUUGACUUUAAGAAAAGAAAUAGGGUUCCCUGUGUAAGUGAUUGUUGCUUACUGGAAACUAGUGUGCUGUUUAAAUAUGGGGUUGAAAAUGAGCUUUCGAGUUUGAAAAUAUUUCUGUCAGAGGUUAAGGUUGAUUCUAUACUAUCUCUUUGGCAAUGGAUGGGGAAUUUCGACUCAUUUUUCUUCGUUGAGGACAAGGGUCGCUUUAGCCAGCGGGUAGUGUGUGUCAAGGUUCUUUCAUAUUCUUCUAAGAUGCUGGAAUACAAGGGGAUUAAAACUGGAUUACUUAUGAGUUGGGAUCGAAUGGGUAAGUAUCACUCGCACAAGAAUUCCAACAACUUUGAGGACAACCAUCCUGUUCCAAAACUUAAAAAGGAAGGAUGGCAUGAGAGAAAUGGAGUUAACUUUGUUUGGAAGAUUGCUUGGCACCUUUUGGCAAGCACUAUCAACACCGUGGCAACUGAAUUGUGGGGAACAGAAGCUGCAACUACCUUGUUUAAAAUUUCAAAGUCUAAAAUGGAAGCUGAUUGUCCUGUGUUUGCACUGAAAGUCUCAGCAGGGAUGAAGACACAAUUGGGCAAAGCUGUCAGAGCAGUGUCAAAGUAGAAUCCUGAUGAAUCCUGGAAAAAUGAAGACUUACCCUUUAGCUGGAUCGAGAAGGCGACAACUUUUAGAGGAGGUACAAAUCUUUUUGAAGGAAGAUUUGCCACACUGGUAGUAAGCAUCGAUACCAACUUCAUUUGGUUUAUCGCUUGGCACGUAUUAGAAAU